AUGGCGCCUAAAAAGACUGCAGCAAAAGCUGCAGCAAAGUCUGCACCGCCUGCUCCACCUCGUAGGAGCUCCAGACCCAAAGUUGUGAAGGGUCGUGUCGUAUCUCCGGAACCCAGCAGCCACAAUAGUUCUGUGAGCAGCCAUCUGGCUCUGCUUUAUGAUCUAGACCUCAUAGCUGACGGCCUGCAGCCUGAUCCGUCAAAUAGCAAAGACCGAUCCAAGCCCGCUUCGCGCGCACAAUCCCCUUCCCGCCCAUCUGGCCCUGGAACAGCUGCUCAAGCGGGUCCUUCAGCUUCAGCGUCGGCGAACACCGGCCCUUCUACACCCAACCGAGCAGACUCAUCACCAUCCCUUUCACCUGCCCCUACACCUCUACAACCUAGCAAAGCAGCCAAAGCUCCACCAAGCCGCGAACAACUCCCACAAUACCCACCAGCUGCAGCUCCGUCCUCUCCUACCCCACGAGAAUCUUCGCCACCUAUCGAAACACCCCCUCUCCCUCCGGACCAUCCUUUCUUCUCGCACGCGGCGGCACUGACGCCAUCUUUGCGAGUACUGUCCGGAUCACUCACUCCACCAGUGGCGUCGGCUCCUCGGGCGGUACUAUCUCCGGGAGUAUCGCCUACUCGAGUCACCUCCCCUCUUCUUGCACCCACAUCGGUAUCUUUACCACCAGCGGAAGCUGUCUCUGACUCCUCCACCUUUGGCGCCGCCCGAGCACCGCCAUCAGCUGCGCCUGCCCGCUUCGCACAGUUCGUAUCCUCCUCACCUCCACCAUCACCAGCACCGGUGUCAGAACCUGCUACCGCUACUAUUCCCAUAGUAGUGGCAGCUGCGACUCCUCCCCCCGCAACACCGGAGGUUGAACUCUUCCCGGUCCGCCAGCCCACUCCUCCACCCGUCCCACACCAAGACCCCACCCCUCCCGUCACCGCCGCCCAUACUCCACCUCGUAUCACUUCUCCGUCGACCAGCACCUUCCGCGGUACGCCAUCCAAGACUAAGCGGCGGGUCAUCAUAUCACCCUCGGAGUCGCCAGAACCAGACAUGGUACCAUCGGCAGGCGCAGAGGCGGCCGGAGAAGCCAUAUUGGCAGCUCCGGAGGCAUCUGCGUUUCCGGCAGCCGCGGCUGCUUCUACUGUGCCCGAGACACCACUACUUCCGGCACGGGCGCCCGGACCCACCGAUGUCGAUCAGCCACCCACGCCACUGCCCGUGCCCCAUCGUGAUCCCACUCCACCCAUCACUCAACAAGCGUCCCCUCCUCGACGUACGGUUCUCUUCACGCCUCCUCCAAUCUAUCCGCCGACCAAAACCAGCGACGCCGUCCCAGUUCUCUCAGCAGGAGCAGAGGCAGCAGUCGCGGAGACAAUGCAGUCCACAAGUCCUCAGCCGGACUCGCAAGCCGCAGCGGUACCUUCCGAAGACGCCAUGGACGUUGAUCCACCAACUGCUCGGCAACCAACUCCUCCGCCUGUUCCGCACCAAGAUCCCACCCCGCCAACCGCGGUAGCUCUUACUCCACCGCACACCGCCUACACUGCACCCGUCGAGACCGCCCCCCAGGCGUCCUCUCCUCCAGCGUCACCUCCCGUCCCUCCUGAGACUGCUGCCCCAGCUCCUGCGGCAUCCCCUUCGCCUGCGGUAAAAGCCCCUUCCCCGGCCGCUUUGCCCGCCAGCGAGUCGCCCCCGAUCGUACCUGCCGCAAAGUCGCAAAAGUUAGUGCUCAAGAUCAACAGGAGGCGCAUCGAAUCGGAGGAACCGGUGAUGGAGUCCGGUAAGGCCCAAGAUAAGCCGGAGAAGAAGGGUACGCGACCAGCAAAGGCGGAGAUCGUGUCCGACAAGAGGCCGAAGAGGGAGAAGGCGGGUAAAGCAGGCAAGUCGGCAGAGCCGGAGAAGAUAGAGGAGGAGGUGGCACCGGAACCAGAGGAGAAGGAAGUAAAGACCCGAAAGGACGGCAAGCCGCGGAAGAGUAACGUCGAAACUCUGAAGCGAAAAGAGCGGGGCGAGACCGGGACGUCCGAUACGCCCAACAAGCGAGGUACACCGAGUGUAUCGUCCAAGGCCGGUACACCGAGCGGGACGCCCGAGCCUCGCGCAUCAGGCGCCAGCGGCAGCGGUAGCGGCAAGGCUGCUAAGGCGAGUGGAAGCGCCACGGGCAAAUCGGUGCUUCCGGCUACAAAUACACCCACGACGAAAGGCAAACCUCUCCUUGAAAGCGGUUCCGGGAAAAAGACCGGCACGUCCACUUCGACGUCGACACCUAUCGCCGCUGGCGCUGUCCCGACCGGCAAGGCUGCAGCUAUCGCCGCCAUCUCUCAGCCUGCUGCUGCGCCGAGUCUUCUCGCUCAGGCAAUGAGCAGGGCAGCUGCUGCAAAUGCGACUGCUGCCAAGUCUGCUGAGGCGACGUCGAAGACUGAUAGCAGUGCCAAGCUGAAACCCCGCCGAUCUACCUAUGUACCCACAGCAGACGAAGAGGCUCAGUACGCGGCUUCGGCUGUACAGCGCGCUGCGGAGACUGCGGCAAGGCUUGCAGUGGCUAAGAACGGUCUCAACCUGAACUUUGGACGAGACACAUACAAGCUCGAUUCGCUCAAUAAGUUCAAUCGGGAUAUCAAUGUCGAGGGGGCAUACGGGGUCGCAACGUGUAGAGCGCCCGAACGGAUUAUGCAGUCCCUCUUUCCAGGGCAGAUCCCGCAUGGGAUACGACACCGGAUGGAGCGGGAGGCGAGGGCCAAUGCGGCAGCUGAGGCGGAGGCGGAGCAAGCGGAAGCAGGGACGAAGGUGGCGAAGGAGGAGGUGAUAGUGGGGAUGGAGGUGGAUUGA